AUUCGGAGAAAAAUCUUGGAUAGUGUGUCCGCCUUCGACGCAGCAAAGUUAGUUAACUUGAAAUUGUGCGUUUUGACUGCGAAGGAAAAAGAGAGAUAUCUUAGGCCAAUCCGAGAUCUAGUUUGGGAUGUACCUGCGGUUGAAAGACUUUCACGAGAGGGCAUGAAAUUGAUGUUGCUUGGAGACGGCGCUUGUGCACUCGAGCAGCGGUUGCGCGCGACGGAACGUUAUUUGAAUUCUCGCGGGAAUGGAAGACUCACAAUCUACUUAUUGGGCACAUUUCCAGUUUUCACGCCAACAGCGACGACGCUCGACUCACUAGUCGAAUUCAGCACUACAGGACAUUCUAACCCUGUACGGUUUAUUUGUGACAAGUAUCAACUGGGCCGCGUUCGCGCUGUUUCAGACAUAAAUGCGAAGGGAGACUUUCUUAUGAGUUUUAGUGCGCCAAUGCAAGCGUCUCCCAAUCCUAUUAAGGGAUCUUGGUAUAAGGUAGACGAUGUUCCAGAUCGUACAGUUGAUUUGUGGGUGUAUGUGCCUUCUUUGCGCGACCGUUUUCGCAAAGAAGUUAGGCUAACACCACUGGACGCGCUGCGGAUGAUGGGA